ACCCAGGGAGCGCAGGUCUUGGUCCCAAGGUGAUCAGCAGCCAAGAGCAGGCGUGUGUGCUGAGUUGCGGGUCGCCUUUGUUUCUCCUCCCAGCGCUCCCUCGGGUCACCCGGGCAUGGGUGGGGAGACACACGCACCAUCCCAGCUGCAUGUGCCUCGGGGUGCACCGAGACCCAGGGCAGCACGACAGGACUCUGUGACCCACGGCCACUUUGGCAGGAAUAUGAUGGACCCCCGGAUAUGUGCUGGACAGAGGAAGCCCAGCCUGUCCUUUUCCAUUGAGGAAAUCUUAAAGAAACCCUCUGCCAGCACUGCCCCGAACAGUGAAGCCGGGAACAGAAGUAGCUACGCUGAGAGACCUCCGUCCCUAAAAGCAGGGUCACCAGUGGCCUUUGAUUCCAGCAGCAGGAGUCAGUCUGACUGUGACUUACGUUCAGCCAAAAUGCUUCUUCCCACUACAUGUGCUACAGCCACGGCCAGAGCAAGGAGAGUGCAGGCAGCUCACUGCAGAAGACCUACUGCCAGCCCAGUGUCCCUCCUGGGUGAGGACACGGCACGUGAACAUCUGGAAGGCAAAAGAAAACAUGAGGAAGACGAAGAUCAGCUAUGUGGUUUACCAGUGGACCAUCCACUUCAUGCUGAGAGGAAAGGGAAACGAAGAAUCCGGACAACAUUCACAGCUGAGCAGCUCCAGGAACUGGAGAAAAUUUUCCAAGUGACUCACUACCCGGAUAUCCACAUUCGCAAUCAACUGGCAGCAAAGAUAAACCUCCCAGAAGCCAGAGUUCAGAUCUGGUUCCAAAAUCAGCGAGCAAAGUGGAGGAAACAUGAAAAAUGUGGCAACUUUGGUGGCCUUCAGCAUCUGACAGAAGUUGAUUUCAUUCCUCUUCCCAAGUCAAAUAUCACAGCUCCUAGCUUGAUGCCAAGAAAGCUCUCUGUUUCCUUUCCUGCCGUGGGAUACUGCUCACCACUGCAAGGACAGCUGACAACUGCCUGGCUGCCCAGCAUGCUCUCCUUCGCUCCCCACCACGUGGAGCUGCUGCCCUUCCCAAAACCAUACUUGCUCUUCAAUGUCCUCCCCUCUUACGUGUCGACACUACCCCCCAAGUUGGAAAGGAGCAGUAUGUGCGCCAGCUCCUCAUAGAGGAGGACACGGGGCAGUGGGGGGCUUUGGGGGAUGCCUUUCUCCCCAUGUC